GGCACUUGCAAACCGUAAAACUACUUAAUUGUGUCAUCCCACGGUGUGGGCUCUGUCCACUGCCUCAAGGUCACAAUCUCUUCUCACCACUUACUCACCGUCAUUCAAUCCCUGCAAGAAACAUCGCAAUGGACUCAAUUUGUAAACCGGAUGACGUCCCAGCGGAGCGUUACCUUCGUGGCAAAGAGUAUGUAGCCACCCGCAGGGCCUCCGGCUACUUCGAUGAACACUACGCCCCAAAAACAGCGAGCCGCCGUAACCCGCCUCCUCCGUCCCUCGACCUCUCCAGAAGGAGCAAGUCUACCAGCCAUCUAACCACCGCCUCCUGCCCACCUGCCGCCCGCCGCACCGCGACCAGCACCACCUCCACAACAGCAACCACACCCACCACCGCCGCCCGCCACCGCAACCGCAGCAGCCGCCAAAGCAGCCGCCGCAGCAGCAGCCUCCAAAGCAGCCGCCGCAGCAGCAGCCUCUUCGACCCCGAGAACCUCGCAUUCUACACUCACCUCGGAACCAAAAUUUCGACGGCCGCCCGUGAGGCGAACGGCAGCACAGCCAGCCUGCGCUCCGCCCUCGGCGCCACCCUCAGUAGCGGCACCGCGGCAACCGACCUCCCUCCCACCCGCGCGGCGCCCUACUCGCAGCGUCCCCGCGAGGACCCUUACGAGCGUAAGGCCUACCUGCCGCCGCUGUCGUCUGCCACUACUAGCCCGACGUCGCCGUCCUCGUUGUCGUCAGUGGGUUCUCCGCCGGUGUCGAGGAGACACAGUCGGGAUAAUGGGGCUGUUGGGUCUGAAUCUAGGUCUGGGUACGUGCCCGGCCCGGUUUGCAAGCCGGGCAGCGUGACGCCGCGGCAGAGGGCGGCGUUUGCCAGGAUCGACGGCACGGUCGAGGGGCUCCAGUUCUACUUUGGGAAGGGCUCUGGGGCGAGUCAGUGGGAGGUGGAUCAAUUUUUCUAUGGGACCGGGGAGGAGGAGGAGGAAGUGAACGGCGGAGAGUGCGACGGGGACGGGCCGGAUUUUGUGAAUCUGAACGAGCGGCUUGAGGGCCUGCAAGAGGAGGACGAGGAUGAGGAGAGGGUGGUGGUUGACAAGGAAUAUCUGAGAAAAAUGGUGAAGGAGCAGGGGCGGUUUUGGCCGUGGGUUGCCAGCUUGAUGGUGGGUGAAGCCCGAUCAGAUUUGGCAGAGGACGACGACGAGGACGAGGAGGAGGACGAAUACGGCGGGGAGGUGGAUCCCUAUGAGCUGGAGCGGCGUUUGGAGGAGGAACGGCGAAAGAGGCGAGCGGCGAGCGAACUGAGGCUCCAGGAGUGCACCAUCACGCCGCUGGAUGCCACCAACGAUCCGCCGCCCGAUGAAAACGGGGGUCUAUGGCGCGAUGUGUCGUGGCUCCUUUCUGUGGCUGGGAAUGCCCUGUUUAGGUAGCCUCGCAUGGCUGCCCUGGACUGUCGCUGCAGCAUCUUUUCAUACCGCUGCGGUCUGAACCGGCCUUCCACCCCAACACAGCGGUUGAAGCGCUUGAUGUUGGGACAGGGCCAGAAUUGUUACUCGGUCUGAAGCCUUAUCAUCGUCGGUUUAGAACCCGCGUUAUUAGUAAUGAUGGUACAAUUCACAGUCGUAAUACCCGC